AUGUGGUUUGGGCAGCUGACUCUGUACACACUCGAGCAUGCAUCCAAUCACGAGCUGUUAAAGGCCGUCAUCGAGACUUUACGUCAGCACAUGGAAGUCUGGGCGUGCAUGAACAUGUUGAGGACCAUCGCAGGUGCUCUAUUUGCUGCCCACCAAUUUUGGAGGACGCGCGGAAUACAGACUCGUGCGCUUCUGUCUUUGCUGACGGAGGUUGACAACGGGCGCUACUUGGAACCCCAACAGCGCGAACAAAUGCUAGGGGAUCUAUCUGCAUACUCCCAUGCAUUGCACCCUACCAGUCAGCGUUCUGAUGCUGUCCCGCUCGUUCUUCCCGAGAUCCUUUUAUUAGCGACCGAUCUGAACCCGGAUGCCCCGUCUGACCUGGCCAAAAGUCUGUGGUACAAAUACAUGGCGGCGCCUGAUUGGGCCUGGAAAGUCUGGGACAACACGAUCGCUAGUCUGCGCCAGAUACCUGUUAUGGUAUCCGAUAUCGCUGGGCGCCGGGCAUGCGCUUUGCGCUAUGCGAACUUCCUCUGGCAUAUCGACCAACACCUCCCAGACGGAUUCGACAAGCAAGUAUUGGAGUGGUUUCUUGGUGCCGGCAAGAAUGAAGUGGCAGCUCUCAACGUGGAAGCUUGGGAUGUCGCCACUGUUGUCCUCCUCCACCUGUGUAUAUGCGGUGCACUCAACACUACCACGAUUCUAGAAGGUUUAAUAUAUCCUACGUGGACGAUGGGUGUGCAAGCAACGUCCAAUGAUCAGGGAGAAAUGCUGGAGACAAUGUUGUCUGCGGUGAAUGCGCUAUUCGAGCAUCUUCUCCUACGGGAUGAAUGCGGAAAUGGCAUGCCGCCUAUGGACAUAUUUGAAGCGCAAGGCCUGCAAACUCGACGUCGAGAUGUGUUUCGAGAGCCUCACUUUACCUCUGUUGUUCAUAAUUUACCAGCACUAGUCUUGAUUGAGCACAAUCCUUCGCUUCCGGAAACUCUGCGGCUAGAGUGCAUGGCGCUGCGUCAGUCGAUCUGCAAGUUCAGUGUUUUUCGGCAAGGCGUGUAUCGGGACCUCGACGCUGUGCGAUAUGCUUUUGAGAAAUUGCUCGAAUCCCAAGCAAUUGCGGAAGAUAUGCACGAGUCAUUAGUUACCGCCCUUCGUCUAAUGCUUCGUGAUCCCGGGCUAGUUGAGGAUACGGGGUUCGUAGCGGUAUCUUCUCUUCUUACACCCUGGAAGCUCGCCGCGACGGCAAUCGAGAUCCGACUGACGCUGAAGCAGUUGGGAGAGGGGCUAUGUCGCGACACUACCCGCUCUGCUGCCAAUAUGACAUUGGAGAAGCUGACGACGUUUGUAUUUCAACAAUGUAAGACCCCAGAGGAAGCAGACUUCGUUGCAGAGAUGAUGACGGAAGUCAGCAGAGAGAUUGCCGGGAAGUUCGCCAAUGCCGGAUUGCAGCGUAUGACAGAGCUAUUUAAUGCACCAUGGUCCCCAUCGAAGACAGAAGACAUCACAGAAUUUGUGGCAAGCGCCGGCGAGGUCCUUCGCUUGCUAUCGAAAAUUGUGGAACGGUUUCGCGAGGAUGCAUCGCUACCAACCCUCAUUUCCGGCGUUCAGGACCAGUUCAUAACAGCGCUGAAUUCUAGGCUCGAGCGGAUCAUGCACGAGAUUGCCAGCAAGAAACAACAGACUUCAGACGAUGACACUAUCCAUCACGCUUCGCACUGCGCCAUAUUCCUGUCUCGACUUGUCCAAUUUGAUCUUGGCUUCCCUGGUGCAUGGACAGCGCAAACGAAGGUCGUGAGUGAGCAAUUAUGUCAAACAAUCACUCAACUCGGACUGCUUCAUGGCGAAGGCUCCGGGUUAGACGUCGUCGCUUUCCCGCUGCUACUCGACACGCUUUACUAUGUACUUGAUGAAGCACCCGCCGAUCCGAAGGCAACAACGUUUGACCCUUUCCGAAAUUAUCCAGAUCUCGAGCUUUCGCAACUGCCCCCCGGUAUGCCACCCGACUAUCGCAAACGCAUGCGUGCUCUCCUGCCCUAUGUAGCUCUCAAUCUGACCGUAGCCGAUCUUGCAUAUGCGUCUAGGGAUGCAUCUGGAUCAACCACACUCCUGCAGCCUGUGCAAAAUAGGCCAUGGGAAUGGACUGAAUACCUGGGCGACGUUCCUUCCGGAGAUACAAACGUCAAAGGUGACGAACAAUCGGAAGAUCGGCAUGUUGUGCGCAAUUCGGCGUCCCUCGCACUCGAGCUCUUUGGUGCGCGCAUGACGGGCGACGCGAUCCUCAGCCGAAAUGACAAUGCGAUGGUGGAAGAGGCCGUGCGUACAUUCCAAGACAACUUUUCGAGCGAGAGCGUGUUCAUGCGGGACUGGCGGGAGACCCGGGUGGUGCUAGACGGUGACGUCGGUGGGAAAGCAAAGGCAGGUUUGGAGGACGAAUCCCAACUCCCCGGCUACCCCCAAUCUCUAGGCCCUGGCACUUCAGACCGACGGUCGUCCUCUCUUAGAGCGUCCCCUGCAGCGUCCAAUCGGUCUGGGCGGACACAGUCUGGGCCCAGUUCUACCUCGUCCCUUCGUCAGAGCCCUGCACAGCAGCAUCCGCUGAGUCGGCUGUCUGCAUCGACAUCCUCAGAAGUCAUAGACGUGGAUACCUUUGAGCUGCCCUCGGGUAGGCCUGGAAAGCGCAAGGCAACAUCGAGUGCCACAGACAACGAUGAUGAGAUUGAGAUCGUGGAGGGCCCCGCGCGUGCGGCAAAGAAGCCGAGGGCAAAGGUGAGCGCGAAGACGCGCACGAAGAAGCGCUGA